CCCGUCAAGGUGACGAUGUCAAUUAAUUGAUCCAUUGCGACGCGACCUACGCGGUCGGAUCAGCUCCAACAAUACACCACAUUCACACUGAAACAAGAAUUCACCCACAGGCAUCAUGUCGUCCUGUUUCGGGUUCUGCAAGUCUCGCGACGCCGACCACGAGCCAUUGCUACCUCAGUACCGCGAUGACACAGUCCUGCAGCGCGAGCUCCACCAGAAGCUCCAUUCCUACCAAAUGGUGCGCGCCCUGUCGAAGGGAUACAUGCCAUCGAAUGAACAACUCGUGAUCAACCUCAGAAGCCUGCUCGCCGCCGACAUCUUGAACCCUGACAACCCUGACCUGAGUGACUCGGGCCGCCUGCUCGUGCGGUCAACAAAGCAAUGGCUGCAUCAAUUCAUAGACCUCCUGCAGAACAAGAACAGCGAGGACCAGAUACAGGAUUUCAUCUGGUACCUUUCGAAAUCGAGACUCGAGGUUGAUGUGAAUGACGUUGCUCGGAGAGCUUCGCGGUCGAAGGCUAAGGCUGAUACUGCUGCGGCGUAUCGAAGUCUCCAGACGGUGGGCUCGUUGCUCCUUACCAACUCUGACUUCCGCGUGUUUCUUUCCGAUCUCAACACCGUUGGACGCGAGGUGUUCAGAGACACUGCAUUCGCAUUAUCUGAGGUGGCAGAACAAGCCGGUAAAACGAUCGAACCCCCGGCGGCGGAACAAAAGGCGUUGAAAGAACCUGGUGCGGAGACGGGUCCACCACCAACAGCAGACAAUCUCAAUGGCGAGGUGGGGGAGAUAGCUAAGGUUGUCGGUGAUGGGACUGCCAAAGUGGCGAAGGAGGCCGAGGAGAGUCUGGCCGAUAAAUUGACGGGUGCUGAAGGUGAUACGCUUUUGUAUCGCCUGAAGAAGACGGUUACGAACCUCAGGCACAAGAAGGAUUACUCCGAGUCUGUCUCGACACUCUCCCUGUUACUUCAGCGUUAUGCUUUAGCAUACUCACGUGUGGCUGAAGAUGCCAUGGGGGCCGCACAGAAGGAUGUGAACCCCAAUCCCGCCAUGGAGAGAGCGGCCAAGAACUUCUGGCUUUUCCUUAGCUCUUUUGGUGACACACAGGAAUGGAAGAAACUUGAGGACAGUUUCCACAAGGUCCUGGAGCACUCUCGCAAAGACCCCGAAUUCGAGGAUCUAUUGACGGAUACAGGAAACUCUCUACAAAAGCUCCUUACUGAUCCGGAUUUCCUGGACAACGCCGACGAGAAGUUCCAGGAAUUGAGGGAGAAGUCCCGCGGUGUUGGUAACGAUUCAUCACUGCGCCAGGACGUUGACAAGUUCUUUGAGCAAGCACAGAGAACCUUCAAUUCCGUGACUCGCGAUCAAGAUAUUGCAAAGUUGAUUCAGACAAGUCUUCGUAUCUUCAACAUUCUCUCUCCACGACAUGCUUACACAAAUAAUGAACUGGUUACCGAUGCGAUCAACGUCUUUGUUCCUCUCAUCAUCCAAGCAAUCCAGUACAUCCCCAUCCCACGCCUCGAGGUUUCCACGCCGGAGAUUGAUCUUCUACUUGAGAACCUUAUUAUUGAGCCUGGACGAACGAUCAACCACACUUCCUUCUUCCCAUUCCGAUUCAAAGUAGAGACCUACAACGAUUUCGAGAUCUGGAAGGCACGGUUCCGGACAGCCUCGAACGUAACUUCGAAGAUGACUAUCAAAAUCGACGGACUCUCUCUCCGAGCCGACGAAAUAGGCUUCCUACUCCGCGCCCACUCGGGACUUCUCCGCCUCGCAGACGAGGGAAUCGCAUCCUUCGAACUCGACGAGCGCGGCAUCGACAUCCACCUAGACGUCGAGAUCGCCAAAGAGCGCAUGGAGCAAAUCCUCACCCUCAACGCCGUCCGAGUCCACAUCCACAAGCUCUCCUACACCCUCCGCAAAUCCAAAUUCAGCCUCUUCGGCUGGCUCCUCAAGCCCCUCCUCCGCCCCAUCAUCCGCCGCGUCAUGGAGCGCCAACUCGCCACGGGAAUCGCAGGCUUCAUCCACAGCGCCAACCGCGAGCUCCUGUUCGCCCGCGAACGCCUCCGCGCGACCCGCAUCUCCGACCCAGACGACCUGCGCACGUUCUUCAAGGCGAUCCUCACCCGUCUGACGCCAGAGGACGACCCAGACGUCUACACGCGCGUCGGCGUCGCGCCGCCUAGGCAGGGCGCGUUCAGGAAUAAGUACGCGCCUGGCAGCGUCGUCAAGUUGUGGGAGGAGGAAGCCGCGCAGGCUACGGAAAGGAUCGACGACUGGAGUGAGGGGGGAUGGCGGAACGAUGUUUUUGAUUUGCAUACUAUGGCUAUGACGUAGGCGUUGGUUUUUCGAAACAUUGUUCUCGUGGUGUGGUCUUUCUGUCUUCUAUUCGAGCGAUCUUUUUUGUACGAGGUAGUGUUUCUGUUGGGGAUGUGUAUGAGUAUGUGUCAUGAUUGGGCGUUCUGCGGGGGUAUUGUGUAAUUUUCUCGUGUUUUCUUUGUCGUCUUGCUAUACCAUAUCAUACGUACAUUCAGAUCAAUUUCAGGAGCGGAUUACAAUGCAUACGCACACAUUUAUCU